AUGUAUUUGCUAUACAAAUACGCCUACGCGCGCCGGUGGGAGGACCGUCAAAGGGCCGGGUCGCGACGGCUGCGGCGAGCUCACGAGGAAAAGAGCGCGUGGCGGAUCAGGCCGGCGCUGUUUGCCGAAGAGUGGAGGACCGCAGCGCACCGAGAGGCAACUCGAGCAGACCUGCCAACUCCGGCGGGAAACCACCCGCCACCGCAGCCGGCUCACUUGCAGUAUCGCCGAGACCGGAAGGUGGAGAGCUACUGCACGACGUACAACCCGGACGUGUUCGUGGUGGUAUAUUCGGUAGUGGACCGCAAGACGCUCAAGGCAGCCGAGGACAUCCUGCUGUUCCUGUGGAAGAACGACUACGUGGCGUUGCGUGGCGUCAUCCUGGUGGGCAACAAGGCAGACCUGGAGAGGCGGCGGGAGGUGCCCAUGGCUGUGGGUCGGAAACUGGCCAACAGCUGUGGCUGCAAGUUCAUUGAGACAUCAAGCGGACUGGAUCAUAAUGUUGAUGAGCUGCUCGUGGGUAUCUUGGCCCAGGUUCAGUUGAACCCACAUCGUGACCGCCACAAGCUGCGCAAGGACAAGAAGCUGCGUUCCAGUGGCCGUCGCUUGCUCAGACACCUGCUGGGCAUUCGUCGGCAAGCCAGAUCAUGUGAAAAUCUUCUGGUACUAUAG